AUGACGGAAUCUUCGAAUUUUCUCCUGCUAGGGAAAACUAUUCUUUCUAGGGCUAUCCUUGCGACUCCAAGCAACGAAGGCGUAACGUCGCUCAUCGAACAAAUCUAUACCAAGCCUCAAGAAUCCGACGAAUACAAAGCAGCUCGAGCUCUGUUCGACUUCUGCGUCUCUGCUUUCUCAAAUUGCUUAACCCUAAAGCUUCUCAACAUCUAUAGAUUCCAUCACGAUGACCUAGUCAGACUCAGAUCCAUCGAGCUUCUUGCCGAAACAGUGAAAGCUCAUCGGAUCGAACUCUCUCUUGUCUCUGUUCAUGAGAUCAAACCUCUUUUGAUUUCUUGCUUGACAAUCCAAAACCCUAAAAGAUCUGACUCAGAGAUCGUAGAGGUCAUCGUUUCUUUAGUGGCUGAUAAAGUUGGCGUGUGGGAGGAGAUGAGUGAUUGUAUACUCUUACUUGCUCAACAAGAUCCGAUUAGGGCUUUUAAUGUCUUCAUCGAGUUACCAUCAUCACUCUACGGUGGAUCCGUUCACCGUUUCUUGCAGAAGUUUCUUGAUGAAGUGUACAAGGUUUUGCUUCGUCCUGUGGAAGAUAGAGUUGAAGAUUGGGUUCUUGCUUUGAAAUCUGCUGUUAAAAUGGGGAUUCAGCUUAUGCAUUCUGAAAUGAGAUUUGAUUUGACGAGAGAUAUACUUCACAUUGUUCUGAAAUCUGCUUGUGACAUUGUGUGGAAUGAGAAGGAAGAUGUGUUUCUUCAAAGAGGGAUUCAAUCUCUAGAGACGUUCCUUGCUAAAGACGCAAAACAGUUUAAAUGGAACAGUGAUCAGUGCAGGUUUGUAUCAGAGUUUGCUUUCAAGAUCUCAGAUAUUGGAACAGAUACAAGAGAAGCAGCCAAGAAGAUCUAUCGAAUGGUUACGAAACUUGAGAAGUACGUUUACAAUCCUGCCUUCAGACUCAGUCCACCUCGGGUUAAAAACCGAUAUCUUGAAGUAGAUUAUGACUGUGAAGCAGUGAACAACUAUUUGGAGACUUUAUCUGCAGUAGAGAUCAUGAGACUAGUCGCGUUAACUAAUAUCGAUAACAGGUCCAGAGAGAUAGCUUUCGCAAGACUCCAUGAGUUGCUUUGUGAUCAUACUUCAGGGGAAGAGGAACUAAGCGUUUCAGAUAUCAGAGAGCUUCAGCCAUUGCUCAUCUCUUGUCUUGCAGAAGUAGGAGUACCUCAGAGCACGUUCAAGAUCCUUGGCCAAGUGGUGUUCCAUGUCUUUUACGAGUUGUAUACCUGUCAAGAUGACAACUGGUUCGGUCUAUGGGACUACAUUGCAACAGAAUGCAAAACAUUCUUCAGACAGACUGUUUAUAUCUUCCAGUGCUUAACAAUGAAGAUCUAUGAAAAAGAGUUAGUGAUCCAUGCCAUGAACAAUCUUCUUCCAGAGAUUCACAGAAACCUAAACCCACCACCGAGAGAGGAGCUAUUGGUAGAUAACACUUGUUGGGUCUUGGCCUUCACAGGUGCCUUUGUUGCAGCAAUACACUUGAUAGAGAUCUCAAGUCACGCUGAACACUUGAAGGUGACUGUGUAUAAGAUGAUAGAUUCAGUGAGACAGCUUGUGGAAAGAGGAUCAGAAGCUGAGGUUGUGAUCAGGAGAAGUUUCAUAGAUAUGGAAAACAUUGUGGAGAAACAGUAUGACUGUUACACAAGUAAUGACUACAGAUUCGUUAAGGGUUUGGUUUGGAGGCUUUAUGCAAUCAAAGGUAUGAGUAUGGAGAGCAAAGCUGUGUUGUGGAGAAUUAAUGUGGUUUUGGAGAAAGUGCAGGAUGUGAAAGUGCUUCCACAGAGUGAGCUUGAUUGGUUGAACCAACCUGAGACUUUAGAUAAUUGAGUUUUCUAUAGUUUGUUGUGU